AUGGAUGUAAAACAGGGUUCAAUGAUCCAUCAUAUUGGCAUUGUGUUACUUUUAAUCUGGUUACUUUCUUCAUUCAAUUACUGUCACCCAUUGGUUUACUUUGUUUGCUUCAUAUAUCUAUACAUGGUUCAUGAUCGUUAUGCGAUGAGAUUGAGAAGAAAGGUACAUUUCGAGGAGAGAAAGCAAGCUAACCAAAAGAGGGUACUUUCUGAUUCUGAGUCAGUACGGUGGUUGAACCAUAUGAUUGAAAGGAUCUGGCCCAUCUGUAUGGAAAAAAUCAUAUCACAAAAAAUUCUACUUCCUAUUGUACCUUGGUUCUUGCAGAAGUACAAACCGUGGACUGUUAAAGAAGCUGUCGUUCAGAGUUUAUACUUAGGAAGAUCACCACCCAUGUUUACAGAAAUGAGGGUGUGUCGUCAAUCUACCGGUGAUGAUCAUUUGGUUCUUGAGGUGGGGAUGAAUUUCCGGACAGCCGAUGACAUGAAUGCUACACUUGCUGUAAAAUUAACGAGAAGAUUGGGGUUUGGAAUGUGGGCAAAGUUGCAUCUAACUGGAAUGCAUCUUGAAGGAAAGGUAUUGGUUGGUGUGAAAUUUCUUCCAAAAUGGCCUUUUCUUGGACGGCUAAGACUCUGCUUUCUGGAGCCACCAUACUUUCAGGUGACCGUGAAACCUAUUUUUGCUCAUGGGCUGGAUGUUACUGAAUUACCUGGGAUCGCCGGAUGGCUGGAUAAACUUCUCACACUUGCAUUUGAGGAGACACUUGUUGAGCCUAAUAUGUUGGUGGUGGAUGUUGAGAAACUUGUUUCGCCUCAGCCAGAAUCUUGGUUUUCUGUUGAUGCAAAAGAGCCUGUUGCUUAUAUCUUAGUAGAGAUUGUUGAAGCCUCUGACAUGAAACCAUCAGACCUGAACGGGCUCGCUGAUCCUUAUGUCAAAGGCCAGCUUGGAGCUUAUAGGUUUAGAACUAAAACACAAAGGAAAACAUUAUCUCCAAAAUGGCAGGAGGAAUUCAGGAUCCCAAUCACUACUUGGGAAUCGCCCAAUCUUCUUAUGAUACAAGUUCGUGACAAGGAUCACUUCCUUGACGACAUCCUUGGUGAUUGCUCUGUAAAGAUCAAUGAUCUUAGAGGUGGCCAAAGACACGACAUGUGGUUACCUCUACAAAACAUCAAAACGGGAAGAUUGCAUAUUGCGAUAGAAGUUACUGAAGUGGACACAAAGGUAACGGAACCACCAUGUGAUGGUGAUGCAUCAAGCGACGAGUCAAAGGAAGGUACUUCUCCACUUGGUGUGGACCAGAAAGAAGCCGAGCUUGGUCCACUGGCAGAUGACUUUGAACCUAUUGAUGUUAAUGGUCAACGACAGACCGGCAUAUGGGUUCACCAUCCAGGUACAGAAGUCCCACAAGUGUGGGAACCAAGAAAAGGGAAAAGCAGGGUCCAGAGAGGUAGUGAGUCUCUAGGCAGUAGCACAAAGUCUGGAUCGUUUAUAGACGACAGUAGAGACAGUUUCUCUGAUGAUAGUCUUGAAGGUAAUAAAAUAAGUGCAAGAAACAGAGUUAAGAGAGGCUUGAGUAAGAUUGGUUUAGCUCUCAACAGAACUCUUAAAACCGAGAAUGAUAAAUCAAAAAGCUUCAAGAAAAUGGAUAACGAGAGCAAUUGGGACUUGCAAACUCCCUCUCCACACCAAAACGUUAGGGCAGUGAAUGCAAAUGGGGUCACAGUCAACUUGGUCAUGGAGGAAAACAUGCUCUCACCUGGCCAGGACCCAAAAAACAUAGAGGAAAGCGGUCCAGAAAGUCCUAGUAAACGGAAAGUUAAAAACGUGGCAAAAAGUAUUCUGAAACAUGCUGGAAACUCAGCUCGAAGUAUGAAACACGUGCUUUCUGGUAAAGGGUCUAAAAUGAGAAGAGAUGCUGAUUUGGCUGUGGAAUCGGAUUCAUCUUUUGAGGGUUCAUUUCCAUCUCCCGUGUAUGGAGUUCAAGGAGAAGCAAGUCCACAUGUUACCGAGGACACAGUUGAUGAAGUUGAAGAUGAAGAUCUUAUAGACACACCUGAUACAAAUGCUGUGGAUCCAAAACAAGUUGAUGAUAUUGAGGAAGCGAUUAAUGGUUUACAAAGAGACAACGAAAAACCUCUUGAUAAUCUUGAAUGCCCACAAUCUGAACAUCAACCGUGAAAGAAACAGUCGUAUGUUGAAAAUGUUGUAUGCCCACGCUCGUUGACUGUUGUACUUCUCGAAUACGUGUAAAUGGAUAGUUUGUUGAUUGUUUGAUUCUCUGUGUGCACAUUUUUUGUGUUUUAGAUAGGAGGUACUCUUGUAGGUGUUUGGAAUGGGCUUAAAACCUUUC